AUGAGGGGCAGCGUCGUCCCGUACAAAGCGGCGGCACGUUGCGCAGGCCGCCGAAACGCCUUCGCGCCGCCCCAGUGGCUUCGCGCCGUCCCUUCAGCGGCGUCGGGCACUGCGCUCGAGCGCUCGUGUGCGCGGCAGUUUCGCCGCCGGUCGAGCGCCGCAGUGUCGACACUCGGGAUCGCGACGUUGGCGCUCGCUGGAACGGCGCUCGGGGUCGCUGACGGAGACGCUGUGGCACACGCGGAAGCUCAGGGGCGAACGGGGGCGGCGUCUUUCGGUAGCGAAGAGCGGGAGAAGGCGCGGACGGGUCGGACGAAAGGCCGUCGCCUGGUGCUCCAGCAGCGCAGGAAGCACGAGGCCGAGACGGAGCAGGAGAAGGAGUUCAAGAUGCACCUGAGCGAGUAUAGAGCGCUUCGAAAGGCUAUGGACUCGCUCCGCGCGAGGUUCGACAUGUUCGCGAGUGGGAGCGUCGAGACGAACGACGGCCAGCGCGUCAGAGCCAUGACGUUCACCGACUUUCUGCACUCGUUGGUGCUGGCGCAGUUUCACGUGCACUCGCCCCAGCCGAGUCUGGUCUACUCGUGCGACUUUGUAGGAAAUGCUGAUGGACUGAUCGCGUACGAGGAGUGGUGUUUGCUCAUUCACUUGCUGCAGAUCCCGAAGAAGCAGUUUGCCCUGGCGUUUUGCAUGUUUGAUCUAGAUGGCGAUGGGUCAGUCAACCAGACGCAGUUCUGUGCUGCGAUUGAGCACCUGCUGCGAACGACCAACGGCUGUGGAGGUGGAGAGGAACGUCCGUCAGUCCAUCCGUUUCGGCGGAUCGAGAUGCCGGUAUCCGUCGAGAACGCGUUGCCGCGCUUGAUCACACUCCUGUUCGGGCGAUACAGGAAGAAGAUCACAGCCGAGGAUCUCACGGAAGCACUGGAUGUGCUGUGCAAGAAAAUACUGAGGGCCGAGUUCGAUCUGUCUGCGACGCGUGAUCCCCUGGCGAAGCAACAGACCAUGACUGUGCACGACUUUGCGCUUACACUGAUCUCGCACCUCGAUCCGGAUAAACUGCCGCCGUAUCUGGAGCGUGUGCAAGCGCUGAAUGCCAGUGACGACGUGGUAACGUGGAAUGAGUUUUGCACGUUUCACUUCACCGUGCGGAGCUACUUGCGCGACAUCGAGCUUGCAUGUGAGCUCACGAAAGCACAGGAAAUCACGGAAGCGGAUUUCAUUCGAGCGGCGCGUAUCGUAAGCGGUGUGGAACUGUCAUUUCCGGUCGUGCAGCUUGCGUUCCACAUCUUUCACAACGCUGAUGGAGCGCUGGAUCGGUCAGAGCUAUUCAAGGCGCUGGAGAUGCGCAACACCGUGCAGUUGACUCAGAUGUCAAACAAACGGUCACGUUUGGAAAAGUUGUGGCGUUGCGUUAUCGGCGACGACAGUCACAGAUGGUGA